AUGAUCAUUGGAAACAGAUUAACUAUGAACCAAUGCCAAUCUAUAUCAAAGCAAGUAUUAAAUCAUCAUAUUGGAUCAUAUUUCUCUUAUCCAAUUAAAGAAGAUGACCCUAGUUUCCCUGGUUAUUUCAAUGUUGUUAAAACUCCAAUGGAUUUAUCAACAAUAAUCACUAAAAUCAAUUCAAAACUGUAUAAAAAUGCUGACGAAUGGUAUCAAGAUAUGCAUUUAAUGUUUGAUAACGUUAAAAAAUAUUAUGGAAAAGGAGCUUACUUCACUGCUCUCUCAUUAGAGCUUUACAAAUUCUUCGAGAAGCAACUUGGAAAGGCAUUAUCCGUUACAAAUGAAAGUUAUCUUGAAAAUGCAAAAAGAUACUUCGAGAAAUUGGACAAAUUGUUGUUAACUCCACCGCCCUUAUAUAGCGAAGGGUUUAAUAUUGCACAGUUGCCACAAAUUGAAGUUACAGCUGAUGAUAAAUUUGAAUUUGCUGUUGCAGCAUCACUAUUAACAAGUAAAACAGAUGUACUAGCUAUGACACAGAUAUUAGAUGCAAACGGAUAUAAUUUUGAACACAAAGAAGAAGAUCAAUCGAUUAAUAUGAACGAAGUUCCUGAUCAAGCAAUGAAAGAACUUAUUACUUACGCGAAACAGAGAUUUAAAUCUGCUGGAGCUCCUUAUCCUAAAAAAGGAGACUCAAUAUAG